AUGAAGAUAUGGUUGAAAACAGGGCUGCUUGGACCUAGCAGUAGAAUCAGGAGCUAUUUAUAUGACGAGGAUGAAGAGAUUAUAACUAUUCUCCAAGCACAGAAUAAAGCAACUGCACAAAAAAAAAGCAAGCAAAACAGAAAGAGAAAGAAAGAAGGAGUCAUCCCAAAAACUGGAUUAAGGGGCCAAUCGUGCAGUCGAACUGAUAGAGGGUUGGUGAGCUUGGAAUGGGUUGAAAAGUUUCCUAAGAUGCGAUUUAAAGGUGGGCCAAGAGGAUUAUCUGAUCAUUGUCCACUGCUAAUGGAAGAUAGUAGAAUGAGAAGAGGGGAGAUUCAUUUUACUAAAAAAUUGAAGGCUUUGACGGUACCUUUGAGUAGAUGGUAUAAGGAGAAUUUUAGUGAUAAUGAGUUGAGGAUACAGAAACUGGAGGAUGAAAUCAAGAAAGUGGAUGAAUUGGAAGAGGAGGCUGCAGAAUUGGAGAAGCUGUCAUCGAUUGAAGAGAUAAAGGAUGCAGUAUGGGAUUGUGAGUUGUCUAAAGCUCCUGAUUGUGAUGGAUACAAUAUGAACUUCAUUAAGAAGUAUUGGGGAGAUAUUGGGUCAGAAUUCACUACAACUGUCAUGGAUUUCUUUCAGUCUGCUGAACUACCAAGGGAUUCUAAUGUUACAUGGAUAGCUUUGGCUCCAAAGUUUAUUAGAGCUAAAGAGAUUAAGGAUCUUUGGCUGAUUAGCAUGGUAGAUUGUGUGUAUAAGGUCUUAUCAAAGGUGUUAGUUCAGAGAAUAAGGAGCGUAAUGUCAGGAUUGGUUGGAGAGACUCAGAGUGCUUUUGUGAUGGGAAGGAAGAUCCAUGACGAGGCUCUGAUUGCAUAUGAAACUAUGCAGUGGCUGAAGACGAAAAAGAAGAGCUCGACGAUAAUUAAGUUGGACUUCCAAAAAUCCUAUGAUAGAAUGAAGUGGAGCUCUGUAGAUACUGUACUUUAG